GUGACUACGAACGAACGGUAGCUGCGUCAGUGACAAUAAAUGAAUCAUCGUUUCUGUGCAAAGAAAAUUUCGUUGACACACGAACCAUAGCAGCAACGAAAAAUCCCACGGCACAUGGCACAGAUACGAAUGACACUGGCACUGGUAGUGUCGUGCCAAUAAUCUAUUUCGUAACGCCAACAUAUCCACGACGCGAACAAUUCGCUGAGAUUGUACGGCUUGGUCAAACGCUUAUGCACGUACCACAUUUGCACUGGAUUUUGGCCGAUGAUACGGACUCAUGUAAUCAACAUUUGGAUGAGUUUCUAAACCGUUUCGGUAUUCCAUAUACUCAUAUAUCGAGCCCAAUGCCGGAUUUCUAUCGUUCACAAAAGCCGAUGCCGAGAGGUGUUGCUAAUCGACGAGCUGCAAUCAAUUGGAUCCGGCAAAAUGGCAAGAAGCCAGGUGUACUCUAUUUUGGUGACGAUGAUAACACAUUUGAUUUAAGGCUGUUCGAUGAAAUUCGAUCGACCAAACGAGUUUCAAUGUUUCCCGUUGGUUUAAUUGGCCAGUAUUCCAUUAGCGCACCAGUCGUACGAAAUGGCAAAGUAAUUGGUUUCUUUGAUUCGUGGCUGUCGCAACGAAUGUGGCCCGUCGAUAUGGCUGGCUUCGCCGUUUCGUUGGAGUAUCUAGAGAAGAAUCCAAACUCAACGAUGCCGUACAAGGCCGGUUUUGAAGAGGAUGGCUUUUUGAAAAAUAUCGGAUUGAAAAUGAACGAAAUUGAACCGAAAGCGAAAAAUUGCACCGAAGUUCUUGUGUGGCAUACACAAACGAAGAAAGAGAAAGCAGCACUCAUCCAAAUUGAUAGUCGUAUUAUUGAAUCAGAUGAUACCAGCUUAGGUGCACUUUUAAGAACAUUGGACGCACUAGGUGUCAGUCAUAAUAGUCCGUCAUCAGGUGUAAAAGCGCAGAUAGCCAAAAAUGCAAAGGCAAAAGAACUAACCCAUAAAACUAUAUAAUUCAACUAGUUAUACUACCCAGAGCGAGAAGCGUUUAAUAAUUUAUCGGCCGAUCUAUAAAAAUGGAGGUGUUCUACAGCGUUCUCUGCGUUGAAAGUGAUAUGAAAAAGGCAGCUGAAAAAAAAACGAAAACAGUUCCAGAAAGAGUCUAAGGCCAUUUAAGUGAAUUGGUGCGGUAUCGACAGAGGAAAAUAAUCGAAGAAUUUAUGAGUUUAAGUAGUUUUCUACAGCAAUGGAGGCAGUUACGAAAGUUUUUAUUUAAUUUAUUUGUACCGGUAACAGUUAUUACCCGUAGGUAACGAGUUAAGCAUAAUACGAAACCAAAUUGAUAAAUAAUGAAAUGCACGCUUUCUGAAUGCUCUAUGAAUAUAAGUGAGUUUAGUUUAGUUAGACAUGGUCAGUACACGCAUAAUAGUCAUCAAAUGACACUGAUGACAGGCCGUUUGAAGAAAAGCAGAAAAUGAAACAAAUUCAAUUUCACAUUGUCUUCAUUAAUCAAACCUAUUUCCAAUAUGACAUUCGUCAGCUGUUCGAUCGUUAUUCCAACAUUGACUUGUAUAAAAAGUGAAUCUAAGCGAAUACUAUAUCUAUUGAAUUGAAACAUUGACACUGUAUACACGCUAAAAAGGUUCCCAUUAUUUUGAAAUUCGGUAAAAAUCGUCGGAGCGAGCGAAAAACAGACACAAACACAUCGCAAUUGUUAAGCAUAAAUGCUUUGUUUGGUAUGCAUUGCAUAGAAAUAUUUUAGCGACUAUCAUCAAAUUCUACCAUUUUUUUUAUUUUGAUAUUUAUUGAAAAUGAUGCCAACUGCUCUGUGUUUUUUUUUUUUAUUAAAUCAUUGUGAAAAAAACCUACAAUAUUGCAAAGCCUAUAAUUGAGGACGAGUCAUUUUUCAUGCGUGUACGUUUGCUAAACUUUCCGCUGUAUGCGCGUGCCAAUUAUUGCUGGUGUAUUAUACGGCAAUUGUAUAUCAAAACCCGAUGUUAGUCAUGGUGUGCGCCAGUCGCGACUGUUUCGCUUCAAUCAAGUCAGUGCUAUUUCGCCAGCUUUUCUUUGUUUGUCUGUGUUGACGGCAAUUUUUAUUCACCCAUUUUCAAUGCAUAUAAAUUGCAGCGAUUUUCGUGCUAUUUUUAUCAGAAAUAAACAGCAACAAAGAGAAAAAACGUGCACAGAGAAGUUAAAAAGUGGGAACAAAGUGUUCAAGCCAAGUUCAUGGAAUGAAAAUGGUGGCGUCGUAAAUCGCAUGCCUUUUUCAUUAUUACGAACCGAUAAUUGUUUUAUGCGAUUCAAUAGCAACACCACUUGAGCAGUCGUCGAAAUGAGCCUUAUUAUUACGAUUUGGUCGUUUUCACGGGUCAAGCCUUGAAUAAAAAAUAACAACUCAAUUGUUUGUUUGAAUGAAUCAUAUAAAAUCCCAUUUCGAUUGUGGAUAUGAAUAGAAAUCCGAUUUAUCGCAAUCACGAGAUUCUUUUCAAUUUUUUUUCAUUACGUUCUCUCUCUCUUUUUCUCCAUUGUCAAAUGCCAAAGCGACCAUUCAAUAGAUUUUGUCCGCAAUUAUAUUUUCCACUUUUAUUCCGUUCGAAAUUAAUGUCAAAGUAAACGAAGACCAAUAAAUGUGAACACAGGUGAACACGAAAAAAAA